CCUUGCUGUCCUGGACAUCCUGCAACCUGCUCAGCAUCUACCAUGGGGAACCCUGCUUCAAGGCUUGGCUGCCUGGGGCAGAGGAGGAGCCGCUCACACACCAGCCCUAGAACCCACGCCAGCCCCAGGACCCGAGGGGAUCUCUCUCCAUCUGCAGCUCCUCAGAGUUCACUUCCACCGGGGAUCCCCUGGACCUGGUGGGGCUCCCAUGCUGUUCAGGUGACAGAGGUCACAGAGACAGUGGUGACAGAAACAGUGGUGACAGAGGCUGUGGAGAUGGGGCCCUGCAGGCAAAGAAGGCAGCCAGCACAGGCACCCCUAGCAACUCUGGACACACUCUGCAGCUGGCUGGAUGGCAUGGAGGAACUGCAGGCCUCACAGGGACCCCUGGCUGCAGAUGCCACUUUGGCUGCUUCCCAGCUGCGGGAACAAGAGCUGCUCCUGCGCCUGCUGAGGGAGCGUGCACCUCACAUGGAGCCAAGAUUGCAAGAGGCUGGGAGUCCAGCAGAGCUGUGCACACAGUGGCACCGCCUGGUACAACAAGCAGAAACCAGGUGGAGACUCCUGGAACAGCUUGUCCCGGCAGCACAGAGUUUUGAAACAGCCUGCAAGGCUCUGCUGGUGCAGCUGAGCCCGAGUGAACAACUCCUGGCUGAGCUGCAGCUGGGGCCCAAGUGCCCUGAGGAAUCUUUGCAGGACUUCCAGGAGGUGUGUGAAGGGGUUGUGGCACGUGCCAAGGACCUGGAAAGGGUUUUGGAGACUGGCUGGAGGCUGGCAGAGCUCCUCACAAAUGACCAAGCUCAGCUGGUAUGGCUGCAGCUGGAUCACUUCCAGGAGCGUGUGAGGUUGACUGAAUUACAAGUCGCCCAUGCCCAACAGAAGCUGCUGUCUGCUCAAAGAACAGUGUCCUCCAAGUCCUCACCACCAGCAGGCUUGGAGGCCCAGCUUGAACUUGAGGGGUCUGCCCCAGCACAUCCAGGGCUCAAGGAUCAGAAGCAGCUGAGUGUCCAGCUGACCCAGCUAGCAGAGCGUCUUGAACAUAUGGCACAGUGGGCAGAGACUUCUAGUCGUGCAGUAGCACCCACAGUGACCAUCUGGAAUCAGAGCCCCUCGUCAGCUGUGCUUCAGGCAGACACGAAGCCCCUGGAAGGGCACUGGUUAGAGACUCAAGAGCAAGACACUGGUCUGAAGGCCAUAUGGGAGCCAGCUGUGCAGAUCUUGUGUGGCUUCAUGGAGCAGGCAGCCAUCGAGGAGCUGAGGCCUGAGGGUGACUGGAACUCAGCCUUGCAGGAGUUCCUGUGGGGAGAGCAAACCCUGGUGGUGUCAUGGCUAAGGAGGAGAGGGGACACUGCCUGUAGGAGCACCCACCACUUGGGCCAGCUAAUGGACCUGCUGGGCUGCCAGGCUGUCAUGUCUAGCCCCUCCUGUGAGAGAAUACACACCCUGGAAGGGAUGCUGCUGCUUGUGGGCCAUCUUGCAGACAAGCUGCUCUUGUGCUCCCAAAGGCUGGCCCAGGCUGAACCCUUGGGGACCAAGGUGGUACAAGCCCAGAGCUGGGUGCUAGAGGAGCCGCCUGGGGCCCUGAGCCUAAAGUGCUGGACUCAAGCCCCAAGGGAGGUACUGGCUCUGAGGAGUCUUGACCUGGGGACGCCUGAGGAUCUUGGGAGUAGAGCUAAGGCUUGCCUCCUGGGGAAAAUUUCAGAAGAACAGAGCUGGAGGCCUUGGUGGGCAGACGUCAUCAUGCAAAGCUGGAGUUAUAGGAAGCCAGAGCAUAGCAAGAGGAACCAGGAGAAAAGAGACCAGUGUUUACAGAUGGAACAGGGCCACCAAGAGCAGGACACUGUGGACAGCUUCCUGGCAGCCGAGGAGCAGGACAGGGAUGGACAAGGCUGGCCUGGCUAUACCUGGGGGAAAUGUGGGCCUGACCACAAGCACCCUGCCGUGUUGGAACCAGAGCUCCCCAAUGGCCAGAGACAGUCACACAGCAUGGUCAGAACAAGGAACAUAGAAGGGACAAGUUCACCAGUGGCCAGAGGCAGGCCCAAGGUCCAAGGAGCCUUGGUGAGCAGGUGUGAGUGUGGGCCUGUGACAGUGGGGAGGACAGAGCCUCAGGAACUGCCCCCAACCCCUACACAGAAGGCCAGACACCCCUGUGCCCUGCAGGCGACAAGAGGAACCCUGAUGGUUCGUGUUGGAGGUGGUUGGGCAGCCCUAGAUGAAUUUCUGGUCAAAAAUGACCCAGUCAGAGCAAAGGGCAGGACCAGCCAGAAGAUCCAUGAGAGGUUCCUAUGCUGGACUCCUAGUGUGCCGGCCCCUGAAGUCAUCACCCUGAGGCUCUGGACCUCCGUCCGAAUGGGCUCUAGCCGGCCCCUGUCUCAGAAGACAGGGCUGCAAAUUGGCAAAGAAAACAGAGACCCCAGCUCCUACAAGGUCAAAACCCCGGAGCAGCCCACUGAGGAGAAACCAUGAAGACUCCAAGAUCCAGCAGACAGGGACAAGAAAAAGCGGCAGAACUUGCUCAGGGGCUGAGCAGGAGCUGGGGCCACAUAGCCCCAGGGUGGGGUUGUGGCUUUCACUCUCAGCAAUAAA